CAUCUAUUAACCAAGGAAUACUAUAUAUUCUUUGGCCUAUAUCCAACUUGGUCAUAUGAGCAGUGAAGGUUCAAUCGACAGCAAGAGUUUGCUGCAAACAAUCGAUUUCGAUGGCAAGGUUUUGCUACGUUCAACAAUCGACCAUGACUGACACUACAGCCAAGAAUGGAUCCAAAAUGGAAAAGAGAGAGAUAGGUAUCCUUAAGACAACAUAUCCAGAUUCACCCUAUUUUCUCCACUCCAGUGAUGAUCCAGGGAGGGUCUUAGUCACGACUUCCUUGUUCGAGGAGAAUUACCACACGUGGAGAAGGAGUAUGCAAAAUGCCUUAUUUGCAAAGAACAAGAUGGGGUAUGUUGAUGGGAGCUUUAAGACACCAAACACAGAUUCCCCAGAGUAUCAGGCUUGGACAAAGUGCAAUUCUAUGGUGCUUUCAUGGUUACUUAAUGCUCUCUCUAGGGACUUGCAAGGAAGUGUGGCCUAUGUGGAGAGUGCUGCUGAGGUUUGGAAUGACUUACAUGAACAUUUCUCACUAGGAAAUGCAUCUCGGAUCUUAAGCACAGAACCCCUCCCAUCACUGAAUAAGGUGUAUGCAAUGACUACUAAAGAGGAGAAGCAACAAGCAGUGGCUGCAUCUAGAAGUCCAAUUAUAGAAGCAACAGCCUUAGCAGCAAAGAUGAACCACACUGGGAAAUCUUCCAUGUCAGGGAAGCCACGCUGUGAUCAUUGCAAGAAGGUUGGUCAUACUAAAGAGAGAUGCUAUGAAAUCAUUGGAUACCCAGUUGGUUGGAAGAUAGGGCCAGCCAAAAUGAAGGGAAAGGGGGAGCACCAAAAGCAUCAACAUCAGGAGAAAGAGUUGAUUUUUGCAGCCAAUACAUCACAUGAGUCACAGAUGGCAGGAGAUUCACUGGAUCAGUCACCAAUUGCAGGACUUUCUAAAAUAAUUGAUAGUGGUGCAUCAGACCAUAUGACACCUAAUAUUUCCAUACUUCAAGACAUAAAACCUUACUCUUCUCCAGUUCAUAUUCCCGAUGGCACCACCUUAGAAGUGUCUAGCAUAGGAAAGACUGUAUUGCCAAACAAACUUACAUUGAACAAUGUUCUUCAUGUUCCUCAAUUUGCAUGCAAUCUCCUUUCUAUAAGCAAGAUAACAGAGCAACUUAAUUGUGCUGUGAUCUUCUUCCCUGACUUUUAUGUUUUUCAGGACCUAGCCUCGAGGAAGUUGAUUGGAAUGGGUAAGCUUCACAGAGGGUAAUACUAUUGUGACUUUCGCAGAGGGUAAUACUAUUGUGACUUUGGGCAUGUUGCUGCAACAAGUCACACCAAGCCAAAGGAGGACACAUCCUUGGAGUUGUGGCAUCAGCGACUAGGUCAUGCAUCCAUAGAAAGAAUAGCCAAAGUAAUUUCUUUGCCUACAUGUUUAAGCAAAAUAAAGCAUGUUUGUGACA